ACAACCGUAGCAUGAAACGAAAAAGCGUUGUUCGGUCUGCGCUGACUCACCUCUAACAAGAGAUACUCAUAGGCAGAUAGCACGAGCUACGUAUAAUAAAUAGUCCAUGUUAUAAUUUUUAUUAUAAAUAAUAAAGUCACUCUCGUCACUUCUAACAAUUCAUUUUUCUCCUUAAAAAAAGAAAAAUUAUUUAAUAAGAACGAUAAAUUUGCAUAAAGUCAAAAAGGAAGCAUUUAAGUGCAAAUACAGAGCUGGUGAGUUUGUAAAGCCGCGUCUUAUUGGGUGAAAUUAAGUGCUCCCUAGUUUUAAAGCAUUUGAUCUCACAAAUGACAGCGUAGCUGACACUGGUGUGGAGACUAUACGCGGAAGAAUACAAGAGCGAACCCUCCCGAAAUUUUCUGAACUGAAAGAAGCCGGUGUUAUAUUAGUCUACCAAAUAUUAAAUAGCUUUUGGGAUAUUUAAAUAAACACCAUGUCAUCUGGAGUAACAGUAUCAACAGCAGCAAAGACUACUUAUGAAGAAGUUAAGAAAGACAAAAAAUACAGAUACAUUAUUUAUCAUAUUAAAGAUGAAAAAGUAAUUGAUGUGGAAGUAACUGGUUCCCGAGAAGCAACCUAUCCUGAAUUCCUUGAGCAGUUGCAGACUUACAAAGAUGACUGCAGAUAUUGUGUAUUUGAUUUCCCUGCUAACAUUCCCGUUGAAAGUGGUCAGGAAAAGUCCUCUAUGUCAGUUGAUAGGCUAAUUCUUAUGACAUGGUGUCCUGAAAGCGCCAAGAUCAAACAAAAGAUGUUAUACUCUAGUAGUUACGAUGCCUUGAAGAAAGCUCUAGUUGGUGUAUACAAAUAUGUCCAAGCUUGUGACUUUGAAGAGGCCAGUCAAGAAGCAAUUGAGGAUCAUUUCAGAAAAGGCAAAUAGGACACUUGCUUGUGUAUCAGCGGUCUUUAUGGUACCGGAGGAGCGACUUAUGAAGUGUCUUCUCGGCACUUUAAAACGAUCCCUCUUCCAUUGCUUCUGUUUAUUUUUUUUCAAAAAAAAAGAUGCCAGACUGGGAUGCUCAGUGUAAACAUCUUAAAAUUACAGAAAUAUCUGGGAAGUGCUUGUAGAGCAUCUUUAUAUUUACUUUUGUAUGCUGAUUAAUAUUUAAAUGUGAAACAUGUAGAGAAGUUCCUUUUUUUAUAUACCUAUAUAUCAUUUUCUUAAUUGUAAUUGGCAGUCAUAAGGAAAUCGCAUGAUUCUACAACUGUUUUGAAAAGGAAAAAUUAUUUAAAUGUUUGUAUCGCUCAACAUGUGAUUUUUUUUUUUUUAAUUCUAUGAUUGAAAGGGAUUAGUCAAUCUGUUAUUUCACUUGGUACCAUUGCUGUGCAAACACUUCCAGUGUCUCUUAAAUAAUUUAUGUCAUAUCGUUUCCUUGUGUUUUUCAUAUGACUGUAUUUGUAUGUAAGCACCAAAAAACAAAAUAAAAUAAUUUGAUUUUUUUUCAAUGAAA